AUGAACCCAUCUAAUGAUUUAAUUGAAGAAUGCCUAAAUAAAGAAAAUAUCAAGCUUUAUGAAUAUUCUUGUUUCAAGUAUGUUAGAUUUAUCGGAGAAGGUGCAUACGCAAAAGUACACCGUGCUGCUCUUGAAAGCGAUGGAGUUAUAGUCGCAUUAAAAUCAUUUAAAAAUAAUGUGGAUAUCGAAGAAGUUGUUAAAGAGUUUGAAUUACAUAAUAGAGUGAAUAUGUAUUCUAAUAUUAUACGUCUAUACGGUGCUACUAAAAAUGAAGUUCAUCAAGACCUUUUAAGCCUAAAAAGAUUUUUAAGUACCAAUGAUGAGCAAACUAUGAGUAGAAUUGACCCAGAUAUCCAGCAAAUUCAACAAGUUCCUUUAAGCCUGCAAGGUUCAAGUACCAAUGGUGAACCAGUUAUAAAUAGAAUUGGUCAAUAUAUUCAGCAUGUUCAGCAAGUUCCUUUAAGUACCAAUGGUGAACAAACUAUGAGUAGAAUUGACCCAGGUAUCCAGCAAAUUCAGAAAGUUCCUUUAAGCCUGCAAGGUUCAAGUACCAAUGGUGAACAAGUUAUUCAAGAAAUUCAGCAUGUUCGGCAAGUUCCUUUAAGUACCAAUGGUGAACAAGCUAUAAAUAGAAGCUAA